GCCGCGCUGCCCGGCGGGAGGGGCCCGAGCUGGUUGGUGUUCCUCCUCCCUACCGGUCCCCAUCCUUAAAGCACGAGUCCAGACGCCCCGCCUGUCGGAGAGGGCGCCGGGAUCCGGGCGGCGAGCUCCCGGGGCAGGCCGGGGCCGGUAGAGGAGGGCCUGAGGCGGCAGAGCUGCCGCGGCCAGCACGCGAGCGUCUCGGCCCUUACCGAGUGUUUGCGGGCGCUGUGAGGGGAGGGGUCCCAGACGCCAUUGCAGGAGGUCGGAGCGCCGCCCGGUCCCAGUCCGCCCUCGGGUGCUCUCCUCCGGCUGGGAGGAGCCGUAGCUCGGGGCCGUCGCCAGCCCCGGGCCUGGGCUCGAGAAUCACUGUCUCGGCCGCCGACCCGCAGCUCCGUCCGCCUUCCGCACCGGACAGCCGGCACCGAGACCAUGUUUGACAAGACGCGGCUGCCGUACGUGGCCCUCGAUGUGCUGUGCGUGUUGCUGGGGAAGUUGUGGACCUCUGUUUUGGGUGGAUCAGUAAAGAGGAUGCAAUUGGGACCCCGAAUUCUUUUCUUAUUGAGAAAAGGGUGAAGGGUGCUGCUGAGAGAAGUGCUUCUGCAGUAGCCAUGACUGGAGCUUUGCUUGGAGCUUCCAUGCCUAUGGCUGUUCUAAAAUUGGGCCAAAUAUAUCCAUUUCAGAGAGGCUUUUUCUGUAAAGACAACAGCAUCAACUAUCCGUACCAUGACAGUACCGUCACAUCCACUGUCCUCAUCAUAGUGGGGGUUGGCUUACCCAUUUCCUCUAUGAUUCUUGGAGAAACCCUGUGUGUUUACUUUAACUUCUUACACUCAAAUUCCUUUAUCAGGAAUAACUACAUAGCCACUAUUUACAAAGCCAUUGGAACAUUUUUAUUUGGUGCAGCUGCUAGUCAGUCCCUGACUGACAUUGCCAAGUAUUCGAUAGGCAGACUGCGGCCUCACUUCUUGGAUGUUUGUGACCCAGAUUGGUCAAAAAUCAACUGCAGUGAUGGUUACAUUGAAAACUACAUAUGUCGAGGGAAUGCAGAAAAAGUUAAGGAAGGCAGAUUGUCCUUCUACUCAGGCCACUCUUCAUUCUCCAUGUACUGCAUGCUAUUUGUGGCACUUUAUCUUCAAGCCAGGAUGAAGGGAGACUGGGCAAGACUCUUACGCCCCACACUACAAUUUGGUCUUGUUGCUGUAUCCAUUUAUGUGGGCCUUUCUCGAGUUUCUGAUUACAAACACCAUUGGAGUGAUGUGUUGACUGGACUUAUUCAAGGAGCUCUGGUUGCAAUAUUAGUUGCUGUAUAUGUAUCAGAUUUCUUCAAGGAGAGAAAUUCUCCUUUUAAAGAAAGAAAAGAGGAAGACUCUCAUACAACUCUGCAUGAAACACCAACAACGGGGAAUCACUAUCGGAACAAUCACCAGCCUUGAAGGGUGGCAGGGUGCCCAGAUGAAGCUGACCUGCUUUCUAAAGGAAAAUGAUUACAACCAGAAGGCAAGAGGAUGAAUCUUUCUUCUCAGUGUACAGGCUUUUAAGGGACUGCUGCUAUGCCUCUUGGAUGCCCACUUUAUCUGUGUGUAUAUAGUUAGUUACAUUUAACACAAUGGUUAUCUAAUAGCGCUAAGUUCAUUAAAAAAAUUUCAAGCCUUCCACUAAAACAAUGCCUCACCUGUACAUUUUUUAUUAAAAAAUGUAAUGCUUAUGUACAAA